UGGCCUCGCGACUAAGUCCUGACACUGAGGACAUCUGCCGUGACAAUUCUAGAACAGUUGGCGCCCACCGUGGGGCCUGCGUACGAUGGUGUUAAAUUCUUGGAGGGAUUUUUUCUAGGGUUUUCAGAAAGCUCACGAUCGCCAGGAUGAAGAAGAAUCCAAGAAAUUAGGGUUGCGCUAGGUGCGCUGCCUUAAAGUCGCCGAGUUGACAAGACUGAUGCGACACCCAAUCCAAAACGAGAUCAACUUUGUUUUUUAAAGCAGUCACGUGUCGGCGAGACUGAUUGGAUCAGCGUCGAGCGCCGCCAUGGUUCAGAAGCAUGGCAGAUGUCUUCUGUCCACAACAGCUGUGCAAUCAUGGAGCAUCAAGUGGCACAGAAUUCUAAACUUGUCAGCAAUUUUUCUAGCACUACAUCGACAGAUCAGAGUUCCGUGGAUUGAUAAGUAAUACUCCAUUGGUCCAGAUUUGCCACACAGCUCACGGCGGAAAGGAUGGAGCAAUACAAAUUGUCAGAACUAGCAGAGACUCGCCGAAAUAAACUUGCAAUCUCGAGCAGGCCUGCCUCCGCUUCGCCGAGUCGACUCCAUGGACCCCACUCUUUGUUUUUGCCGCCUCGACCACGGACUCGAGCGCCGCCUCCUUGGAUAACCACGCCUUCGCCAUCGAGUCCGCCUUGGUGCCAAGAGUUGCCGCACCCACUCCGAGUCGCCCAAGGACUUUUCUUCGGGCUCGGACUCAAGCCGCAAGGUCACUGUCAUCUUCGUCCGUGAGCCGCCUCUGCAUGACCCGGCCGUGGCCGCCCUCGCGGUGAGCCACCGCGGAUUGAACAGCCACCUUAGCUGGGUCAUCUCCGGCGCACCGGCCUCGAGUUGCCUCGCCACACCCUCGCACUGACUCUGUUGGGAUCCACGGCAGAGGCCUCACUGACGCACCUCUACUGACAUUCCACCACAACCAGCCGCUUCUGCUCGAAAUCGUUCCGAGCCACCCGGCCUCGAGGCGUCUCUGUUCCGCCUCCAUGCCUUAUUCUAAAUAUACUAAACCUGGCCAGGUUUAGUUUAUCACGUUUUUCUGAAUUUUUUCUAUCAUAGAAAAACGACCAAUGGAUGUGCAACACGUGUAAUAGUGGGGGACACAGGCGGGUACGCAGCUGGGUGCACGGAGCGGCCGUCGAUGGGAAUUAUUAAAAAAUGAUGCCGCCCUUGCUGAUUUGUUGCAUGCUAUGCGUUGCCCUCAGUUCCGUAUUGGCUGCAUGUCCUGCCUAUGUGGAGACCAAUUUGUCUAUGUUUUGUUUUGGACCUUUCUGCAUGCGCUGCUGCUUAUUUCCUUUUUUAUUUCUGUUAGCUGCCACGUAUGCUCGCCUGGAGUCGGUCGCCGCCUGCAUCUUCCCGAUCUCUCGCGCUGGCGGUUGCCACUUCGAUGGAAUCCUCUGGGAAUUUCUGUGCCGCCUUCGCUGCCCAUUUCCAAUUUGGUUUCUUCUCUCCCGCCGUUUCCUAUAAAUACUGAUGCCCUUCUGCGCCCGUUCCUCAUUCCCUUCACUUCUGCCUGCCCUUCUUCUUUCUUGAGCAGUACUGACGGUCGGGCGAUGGUUGGGCCUGCUGCUGUUCGAUCCGGCGGACGCCGUCGGGGCCGCCCUCCUGGGAUUCGGGCGGCCGUUAUUGCCCGUGUGUGCCCGCUGGUGAUCGCCUUUCUUCCGUGGAUUCGUCGUCGGCGAUGGCAGCCGCUGGUGGGUGUGGCCGGCCAGCUACAGUUGAUUCGGGUUGCCGCUUCCGGUAUGGUCCUCGUCGGCCGUUCCGUUCUUCUCGGAUUGGUGCCCACCGAUUCGAUUCGCUGGAAGAUUUUAAUGUGGACGUUGAUAGUCGCCGUCGGGAGAUUUCAUUAGGGAAGCGGCCUGUAGAUUGUAUCAUUGGUUCUGCUAUUAGUGUGGGUUCUUCUUCAGCGGUCGACGGGUUUGCUUCGGCUGUUCGGUCUGUCAGUGUGCGACCUGAUAGUCUGUCUGUCCAAGUUGUUGACGGAUCGAAUGUUUGUCCUGCCGGUUUUCCUGCUGGUGUUUGCCUUCAUGGUUCAUUGGGCGGCAGUACAUUUUCCCGCUGUCAUCCAAGAGUGGUGCCCCUAUGUGCUGGUGGUGCCUUCGGUCGGCCUACUCCUCUUGGUAAUGUGUUGCCUACUCCUAUUAUGGAACACUUUCGUGUUUUGCAUGCCCGCCGUAAGCGGACGUUGGUGCGAUCGUACUGGUCGGGUCGGAAAAGAGUGUGUGGGAUGCAGCCUCCUUUUUCUAAGGAUUACAUCCAACUGCUUAAGGCUACUUUUAGGAGGCGUUCAUAUUAUGGCGGGCCGGAUUUGUGUUGCCAUCACUGUGGGGCUUUCUUUUGGUUCCGUGAAGGAUCUGUUCACCAUGCUGACGUAACUUCUCGCUCUCCUGUUUACACGGGAUGUUGUCGGACGGGUAGGAUUUUGUUGUCGAAAUUUGGUGAUUGGCCUUCUCCUUUGGAUAGGCUGAUGUGUUUUGAUGGAGACGCGGUUUCCUCUCGGUUCAUGCGAUUAAUACGGCAGUAUAAUUCUAUGUUCUGUUUUACGUAGUUGGGUGCACAGGUUGACCGCAGUAUCAAUGUUGGAGGUGCUCCAUAUGUUUUCAAGAUGAAUGGGGUUGUCUACCAUCGUAUAGGUUCAUUGUUGCCGGCUGAGGGUGCAACUCCCAAGUUUGCGCAAUUGUUCAUGAUAGACUCUGCUGACUAGUUGGACUGUAGGUUGAAUGUGUUUGACAGAGAAGAAUCUUCUUCCCUUGAACCUGAUCCUGAGAUUGUUUCUUCAUUGAUAAACAUGCUUAAUGUGCAUCACCGUUUGGUGCACAAAUUUAGAAUUGCACGACAGAGUCUCUGUACUCCUGGUGUUUCUGUUGUCUCGAUUCGUUUUUUGGGCAACGAUGGUGGUGCCCAUGGUACACGUUUUUCUGGCCCUACUGCUUCUGAAGUGGCUGCCCUUAUUGUUGGUGAUCUGACACCUGAAUGCAGAAGGUUUGACGUCAUUGCCGAGACGCGGUCUGGUUCGUUGAAGCAUAUAUCUUCACUUAAUUGCAACCUUAUGGCUUUACAAUAUCCUAUACUUUUCCCAUAUGGUGACAAGAGCUAUCACCGUGGCAUUAGAUAUGUUCAUGCCAGUGGUUUCCCGGCCACAUGUUAUGCAAAUGUGCAGGCCGAAGGUUGUAUGGACGGCGAAGAUUCCGACGAUGAUGUCGACUGUAAUCCCGAAGAUGCUGGCAUUUCUCGUGGUCAGGUUACCAUGUUGGAGUACUAUAAGUACUAUGCUCACUAUCGUGAAGGCGAGGUGAAUCCUUACACAAGUUGUGGUCGGCUGAGCCAGCAAAUUGCUGUCAAUGCUUACUUUUGUGUGGAGGCUGAUCGUCUAGAGUAUCAUUUCCGUAAGCAACAUAAUCUUCGAUCUGAGACCUAUCAAGGCAUAUCUGAUGCUAUGGGUGAGGGUAAUUCAACUGGCAAAAAUGUUGGUGUGCAGUUUAUACUGCAUGGCAGUUUUACAGGCGGCCCGCGGUAUAUGCUUCUGAAUUAUCAUGACGGGAUGGCAAUCUGUCGGCAGUAUGGUGCACCUGAUCUGUUUAUUACUUUUACAUGUAAUCCUAGGUGGCAAGACAUUGCUGAUGCUCUCGCUGCCGAACCUGGACAGACUACGGCUGAUCGUCCUGAUAUUACUACUCGAGUUUUCAGUAUGAAGUAUGAGGAAUUUCUUGAUGGGGUUAAAGAUGGUACCUUUUUUGGUGCCGUUCAAGCAUACUUAUAUGUUGUGGAGUUCCAAAAGAGAGGGCUGCCACAUACGCACACGUUGGUGUGGUUGAAGGCGGAUACCAAAGAUCCUUCUCCUUCGUUUAUAGAUGGACUAAUUUCUGCAGAGCUGCCGGAUCCUUUAGUUGAUCCAUUAGGUUAUGCUCUUGUUGAUGAGUUUAUGGUGCAUGGUCCUUGUGGAGUGUAUAAUAUUAAGUGUGCCUGCAUGAAGAACAAUUGUUGUUCCAAGCGCUUUCCUAAACCGUUGAGCGAGGAUACAAUGGUUGACCAUGUUGGAUAUCCAGUUUACCGUCGACGUGAUACUGGUUUGUAUGUACUUAGACAAAAGGAUUCGCUACGUCUGGGAAAUCAAUGGGUUGUUCCGUAUAAUAUGAAAUUGUUGAAGAGAUUUGAUGCACAUAUAAACGUUGAGUGGUGCAACAAGACGAACUUGUUAAAAUAUUUGUUCAAAUAUCUCACAAAGGGUCAUGAUGUAGUUCGUAUGCGUUUCCACGUUGAAGAUAGACCCCCAGGUGUUUUCACUGUUCCAUGUCCUAUUGGGAGGAAUGAAAUUGACGACUAUAUCAAAUGCAGGUUUGUUAAUAUAUUUACAUAUAUUUAUGUUUCUUAUUGAUUCGUUCUUAUAAAAUGAAAUUUUGAAAUGUAUAGGUAUCUGUCUGCUUGCGAGGCUUUUUUGAGAUUGUUUGCAUACAAUACCAUGGUCGCCAACCUUUUGUCGAGCGGUUGGUUGUUCAUUUGCCCAAUAUGAACAGAGUCAUAUUUGCAGAAACAUAAGUUGGUCCCACAAACAGCGACGAUCCUAUUAUCACAUACACAGGCGCACACCCUCCCGUCGGACAUAUGCAAGAAUUUGCAAAAUCACUUUAUCAUUACAUCACAGGCACCAAUCCUGCAGGAGGAUAUACUAGGGUGAUCUAAUCCACUAGCAGCUACUUUUAGCUUAUCAAUAUAACCUGUUUGUAUCUUUACAUACAGUUCUCUGUUCGCAGCGAACUGUAUGUAGAUCCAAUAAUUUG